GAACGAGCUGAUCGCAGGAGGAGAGGGUGGCCGGCCGACUAAACUUCGGCCCGGUGACCUGCUGCAGUUUCACGGUGGGAAUGAUGAGUGGGGACGAUUGCUGCCUUUCCUCUCCGCCCUGUUCCACAAUCUUUACAGUGGUCCGAGAUCCUCUCGGCUGAUCUGAACGCUCGGGGGUCGGAUGUCGCUGGGUCGACAUCGAUCCACACCUGAUCGCAGUCUCUCCUUCCUCCAAGUUACCCGUAGCCAAGGAAGCCUCAGUCCAUGUACUCCUGCUGGAACAAGGCUGAUAUCCCCCGUUUGCUCAGCCUGGGACUUACACUGAAGCAAGCAUCCGGCUGCAAGAUAGAGACAUUCUUCUUCAAGACCCCCUGGAUUGGAGCAUCGCUUGGCUCCGGCCCAUGUGAGAGAUGAAUACCUAUGGAUCUCCCUACAUGUACAUGGCCGGCCCGGUGUCCCAGCCCCGGCCCCCUCUACAGAGGACCCCCAAGUGCGCCCGCUGCCGGAACCACGGCGUCCUAUCCUGGCUGAAGGGACACAAGCGCUACUGUCGCUUCAAGGACUGUACCUGCGAGAAAUGCAUCUUGAUCAUCGAGAGGCAGCGGGUGAUGGCGGCACAGGUGGCCCUCCGGCGGCAGCAGGCCAACGAGUGCAUCGGCAGCCUCAUUCCGGACAGUAUCCGAGCGGUGCAGGGCAUGGCUGGGGUUCCUGGCACGGCCGAGCCCCGGCACGCAGCGACCAAAAACGCCGAGAGCGCACUGCGCUGGGACCCCGAGCAGUCUCACUGUCUCCCGGAGCCCAGGGCCGACGUGAGUGACGAACGAUUAGACGAGCAGAUUAGAGACGACAUCUCGGAAACAUUCAAUGACAAAGGUUCAGGACAGACAAACUCACCAGAUAUGGUCAAAGACAAGAGCUGCUACACGGCUGACAGCCCCGAAAUGCCAGUGGCCGAUGAAGAGCGGUUACCCGUGGAGAAGGGUAGCAGCACCCAGGAAACAGCAGCUGAAAGUUCCAAAUUUAAUCUGGAUCAGAAUCAGAUGUUGAUGGAGGGACUAUCUGGAGCCAUGUCAGUUCCAUUUUCUCUAAAAGGUAACAGACCUCCUAUAGAAGUGCUGAAGAAGAUCUUCCCGAAUCACAAACCUACAGUUCUGGAGCUGAUUUUGAAAGGGUGUGGAGGUGACCUUGUUGGUGCCAUUGAAAUUCUUCUGUCCAGUCGCUCUGAUCGAUCUUCAGAAGCCCCUGAUGUCCUGAGUGUAUCAUCCAAUGGACAGACAUUUUUUGAACAUGCUUUUGGGUCCUAUCCUGUUGCCUCCUCCAAAUGGUCUGUUGGGUCAGCCUUCAGGGUCCCUGAUUCCUUGAGGUUCUCUAAUGAUCCUGGUAACGUCAUGUCAAACCCACUGGCCAUGCCACUGCAGCACCAAUUCCCUCAACCUCCUCGUUACCCACUGGUUCUGCGGAACACCCUGAGCAGAAACCAAGCAAACCCAUUUAUUUCAAACGACGUUGCCCUGUGGAACACCAUGACUCUUCAGCAGCAAUACCAGCUCAGAUCCCAGUAUCUCACCCCUUUCCCAAAUGCUUCGGCUGGCAUCUUUCGCAGCUCACCAGUCCUUCCGUCUCACCCUGCCAACGAUCCCAGGCUUGCACUUGCCGAUGAAGGCUGUGCAAUGGUGACCAAGCAACCCAUUUACACAGAGGAGGACUAUGAUGAGAGAUCGGAUUCUGCAGACUCUAGAAUAUUGAACUCAUCCUCUUAAAUGAUAUGCAUCUGAUGCUCACCAAAUAGAAUAAUAAAAGGAAAAUACUUGAAUAUAGGUAUUGAAGACUGAGUAGAUUCUAUAUCCAUGACUUAAUAUCCCGAUCAGGAAUAGCCAAAGGAUUAUAAAACAUAGUUAUUCAGUUAAUAUGUCAUACUUAGAUGUGUUAGUUGAAGAAUAUGUAUAACUGGUAGCUAUACUUUCUAAUGCAUGUU